GAGUUCCAGCAGACGUGCAGCCACCCUCGCCGGCAGGGUGAGCCUGAAUUUCAAGGACCCCGAGGCAGUGAGGGCUCUGACGUGCACCCUGCUGAAGGAGGAUUUCGGGCUUACCAUCGAUAUCCCCGUGGAAAGGCUCAUUCCCACCGUCCCCUUGAGGCUGAACUACAUCCACUGGGUUGAGGAUCUCAUCGGCCACCAGGAUGCUGAGAAGCAAGUGCUGAGGCGAGGCAUCGACAUAGGGACAGGGGCAUCUUGCAUAUACCCAUUACUCGGAGCAACCUUAAAUGGCUGGUAUUUUCUUGCAACAGAAGUGGAUGACAUGUGCUUCAAUUAUGCCAAGAAGAAUGUGGAACAGAAUAACUUGUCUGAUCUUAUAAAAGUGGUUAAGGUACCACAGAAGACACUCCUAAUGGAUGCACUGAAGGAAGAAUCUGAAAUCAUUUAUGAUUUCUGCAUGUGCAACCCCCCCUUUUUUGCCAACCAGUUGGAAGCAAAGGGAGUAAAUUCUCGAAAUCCACGGCGUCCCCCUCCCAGUUCUGUAAAUACAGGAGGUAUCACAGAAAUCAUGGCUGAGGGAGGAGAACUAGAAUUUGUCAAAAGAAUUAUUCAUGAUAGUCUUCAACUUAAAAAGCGGUUACGAUGGUACAGUUGCAUGCUGGGGAAGAAAUGCAGUUUAGCACCACUGAAAGAAGAACUUCGAAUCCAGGGGGUUCCUAAAGUUACUCAUACUGAAUUCUGUCAAGGACGCACCAUGAGAUGGGCACUGGCAUGGAGUUUCUAUGAUGAUGUACAAGUACCUUCACCUCCUUCUAAAAGAAGAAAAUUAGAAAAACCACGAAAACCAAUUACAUUUAUGGUCUUGGCUUCUACAGUCAAAGAGUUAUCCAUUAAAGCGGCAGCUAUGGGCUGGGAUGCUGUAGAAGCUAUUGCUGUGGUUAGAGCCUGGGUGGAGAAGAUUCUCACUGAUCUGAAGGUUCAGCAUAAACGUGUUCCCUGUGGAAAAGAUGAAGUUAGCCUGUUUGUGACUGCCAUUGAAAACUCCUGGAUUCAUUUAAGGAGAAAGAAACGAGAGAGAAUAAGGCAGUUGCGAGAGCUUCCUCGAGCUUCUGAAGAUAUUCUGCAAGCAAUGGAAGAGGAAAAGAACAGCCAGAAGAGUGUGAGCAACAAUUUGGACUGUGAAAACCCCAAAACUGAAGACUCUGAAAUGGGAUUUGUGGCACCUAAUGAGGAUGUCCAGUUGACCACAGGUGAUGAGCUACCAGAGGAAUCUGCUGCCAAAGAAGAACACAGUGAUCCUGUGAAGGAAGAGGAGAUGGAAGCAAAGCAGGGAGAAACAUCUCUUGGCAAAGGUUCUGGUGAUGCAAAGGAGGAAACCUGCCCUUCAGAGGAAGCUAGCAAUCUGACAGUUGAAAAAGAACAAAGCCCCAAAGAAACUAAUAGAUGUUUUCUCUUUAAGUGUUUAAUGAAUGUGAAGAAAGAAGGAAAUGAUGUGUUAGUAGAAAUGCACUGGGUUGAAGGACAGAACAGAGACUUGAUGAACCAGCUGUGCACUUACUUACGGAACCAAAUUCUUCGACUGGUUGCUAGUUAG